UAAUAGUAGCUAGUGAGAAGAAUGACGAGAACACAAGAAUUAGUGAUGAUGAUAACCUUUUUAGUGUUGGGAUGUGCACUAACCAUGGCAGAAACAGCAGCUCUAGAGCAUGCUCAUCACUAUGAAUGCACUCAUACCAGAUACCCUAGUCUAUGUGAUGAAACCUUGAAGGAGUUGAUGAGUUCAGGGAAUGAUAAAAAUGUUGAUAUCAUUCUGGCUCUUGUAAACAAAACCAUAUCUGAAACCAACUUGCCAAGAUCAUAUUUUGCUUCAUUUGAGACUCAGGAUAAUGCUCAACAAGACAAAUCAUCUUCAUCAGUCGGAGGUUAUUGUCAAGAGCUAAUGGACAUGUCAAUGAAGAGGUUGGACCAAUCCAUGGAAGCACUGAGCAAGCCAACAAGAAACAAGGAGGACAUCCAAACGUGGCUAAGCGCUUCCCUAACUUUCCAACAAACUUGCAACGACUUCGCACGAUCACAAACCUCCACCGGCGUCGCCACUGCCGUGGUAGACACCAUUUCCAAGAAGAUGGACUAUCUUUCCGCAUUAGCCAGUAACUCACUUGCCCUGGUUAACCAAAUCACCGCCACCACAACCACAACCACUACCACGAAGCGAAAAGAAAAGGAAAGCAAAGAAGAAUUUCCCGAAUGGAUUUCUUCGAAAGCAAGAAAACUCCUUCAGGGAGCAGCGCCCAUAGAAGCGAACGCGGUGGUUGCGCAAGACGGUUCAGGGAACUACAAGACGAUUUCUGAGGCCAUUGCAGCGGCCACAGGUGGAAGAUUUGUGAUUUACGUGAAAGCAGGGACUUACAAGGAGAAGAUUCGGACAAGUAAGAAUGGCAUAACGUUGAUUGGAGCGGGUAAAUAUUCGACCGUUAUUGUUGGAAGUGAGAGCGUUAAGGGUGGAGCUUCCUUGCCUGACACCGCCACAUUCACAAUCAUGGGGGAUGGAUUCAUUGCAAAAGACAUAGGUUUCCACAACAACGCAGGACCACAAGGCGAACAAGCCGUGGCUCUCUACAUAGCUUCAGAUCGCUCCGUUCUCUUCCGAUGCAGCAUUGCAGGCUACCAAGACACCAUCUACGCCCACUCCCUCCGCCAAUUCUACAGAGAAUGCGACAUCUACGGCACCAUCGACUUCAUCUUCGGAAACGCCGCUGCCGUCUUCCAAACCUGCAACAUCAUGCUCCGCCGCCCUCUCCACGGCGGCUCCAACGCCGUUCUCGCCAACGGAAGAACCGAUCCUGGACAGAACACAGGCUUCUCGCUUCACAAGUGUGCCAUAACACCAAGCUCGGAUUUGUCUCCUGUGAAGCACUCUGUUAAGUCUUAUCUUGGGAGGCCCUGGAAGGAGUAUUCUAGGGCCGUCGUGAUAGGGUGUACCAUAGACGACGCCAUUGCGCAGCAGGGUUGGGUUGAGUGGCCUGGUUAUGGAAGCUCGGUCUUGAGGACACUGUAUUUUGGUGAGUAUGGUAAUUCAGGACCUGGUGCUGGAACUGCAAGAAGGGUUCAGUGGCCUGGUUUUCAUAUCAUGGGUAAUGUUGAGGCUUCUAAGUUCACUGUUGGUAACUUUAUUGCUGGAAGUUCAUGGAUUCCUUCCUCCGUCGGUUUCAUCUCGGGUCUCUAAGGAUACAUCAAUCCUUCUUUCCAUUAAUAUUUUUAAGUGUGAUUUUUUAUCAUAAAAUAUAUAUUUUUAUAUUUUUUUAUUUAAUAAAAAAUCACACUUUAUUGUAUAUCAAUAGAAAGAAAAACAUAAAAAGAAUUUAAUUUUUUAUUUCUGAUUUAAAAUCUUAAAAGUGAAAAAAAAAAAGAGAAUGAUGACUCAAUUUUAAGUCUUCACUCUUUUCUAUUUUUCACUUUUAAAAUCUUAACUCACAUAAACCCUGUCGCUACUGAUUGUGUUGCAAUUAAAAUGGAUGCAAUAAUCAGAAAAAGGGUUAGUAGUCGUAUUAGUAACAGUUGCCAUAUAGUUUGAUAUACUUGAAGGUCUGUGUAUAUGUUUUCUCUUUUGAUAAGAUUAUUGUAUACGCAUGUGUCUGAGUGUCGGUUAUAUACACAGAGUCACGUAAUUAAUUUGUAAGGUUAAGAUUGGAACUUCCAAACAAUCCAAGGGAGUGAUAACUUGGCUCAUGAGUCAUGAUA